UCAGAUUCAGCAUGGAUGGCAGCCGAGGCGGCCUAGCAUGGAGUGGCUGUACUUCACAGGAGUGUGGGCGGCGUGGGCGGCAUCAGGUGGGUUGUGGGCUGUCUGCCAGCACAUCUCCAGCAGCGCCUGCCCCAGCUGGGAGGGCAGCCACUGGUGCCCCUGCUACCAUUUCGAUGAUGGUGUCUUCCUGGAGUGCUCCACGGUGUCUCUGGCCACAGUGGCCCGGGUGGUGGACCUCGUCCGACACCCGGUCAAAUCCCUCAGUAUAUACGAACUGGACGCUAACGUGACCUCCCUCCCCCCGGGGCUCUUCAGCCAGAGUGCCGGAGUUUCCAGUCUGCAGAUCUCUCAUUCCAGCCUCGAGCGUGUGUCAGACGGCAGCUUUCUUGGCCUGGAAAACACACUGCAGAGCCUCACUAUCACCUACAGUCACAUUAGCACCGUCCCUAAAGCAGCACUUCAAAAGCUUUCCAGACUUAAAGCUUUAGACCUGGAAGCCAAUAACAUCACCGAACUACAGAGUUACAGCUUCUUUGAUAUGAAUUUAGUCAGUCUUAACCUGAAGGAUAAUGGUCUGAGAUUGAUUUCAGAAUACGCCUUCGACGGUCUAGAAGAAACUUUAGAAGAGCUUAAUAUUAUGAACAACAAAUUAAAGCAGCUUCCAAUACCAGCUUUGCGACGGCUCACGAAACUACACACGCUGAAGGCUACGUGGAACCACAUCUCCGAUGUUGUGAGUGACGGGUACUCUCGCCUGCCGGCACUCCAGAUUCUGGACCUCAGUAGUAAUCACUUCACCGACCUCACAAGCAGUAGUCUCGCCACCAUGCCAGCCCUCCUCUCCCUCUCUCUCUACAUGAACGAAAUUGCUCACGUGGCUGGCGACAGCUUGAUACAAAACUCUGGAUUGCAAACGUUAUACAUGAGUCAUAACAACAUCAUGACCCUCGCUCCAGAGACCUUCUCGUACACUAUGUUUAUUAGAGUUAUAGACAUCGCCGAUAACCACCUUCACUCAAUUAGCAACGGGCUCUUCACUAACCUCCCCGAGUUGCAAGAAUUGUUCCUCGGCAAUAACAAUAUCUUAAAAAUCACCAAUAGCACCUUCACUAACUCUAGCAAGAUCUCCGUGCUGUACCUCCAGGAUAACGAGAUACAUUCCAUCGAGAGCGGCGCCUUCGCUAAUUUAGAAUUAUUGUAUGAUCUACACCUCAGUUCCAACAACCUGGUGGAGAUCCCAGUUACUCUUUUCUCAAACACCCGCAUAUUAAACUCCUUGAGUUUGGACAACAAUAAAAUCUCAGGGCUCGCAGACGGCACGUUCUCUCAUCUCACAGAGCUGAGGGAGCUGAGAUUGCAAAAUAACAAGUUGUCCAGAAUCGAAAAAGGAGUUUUCUCCCUGUUACCGAACCUGCUAGAGCUGCACCUUCAGGAUAAUGUAAUCAGCUUUAUUGCCAAAGAGGCCUUCUCUUCUCUGGGUAAACUACAACAUUUAAAUCUGGAGGGUAAUCAUCUGAUUGAACUGCCUGAUGCUUUAAGUCAGUUCCCUGCGAACUUGAUAACUAUAAAAUUUUCUAAAAAUCAAAUCAAAUUGAUUCACAUAGAUGCCUUUAGGGGACAAAAUAAACUAGAAAUAUUUUGGUUAAGUGAUAAUAAUCUUACAAGUGUACAAAUGGCUUUAUUAAGUGAUCUAUCUUUAUUACAAGAAUUAUACAUGGAAAAUAAUCAGAUCAGCAUUAUCGACGAUAAAUGUUUCUAUAGUAUGAAGAACUUAGAGCUUUUAUCCUUAUCCUAUAAUAAUCUACAACAUAUCAGUUCAGAGUUGUUAGUGGGACUCACGUCUCUAGAGAGACUUUAUCUGAGCCAUAACAAAAUCACGGAUAUAAGACCACACUCCUUCGAGACCCUGAAGAAUCUGCGAGAUCUCGAUCUCUCCAACAAUCCAAUCUUAAUCGUCCGGCGAUACAUGUUUGAGGGAAACAUGCCUCUUCGCACAUUGAAUCUAAUGGGGUCGACGAUCAGCGAGAUCGAGCCUUACUCCUUCAGUAGCCUCCGACAUCUGGAGGAGUUGAAUCUGCAGCGUAACAUGCUGGCUCACCUAAACAGAUUCUUCAUCAACGUACAUAGCCUUAGGAAUCUCAAUCUUGCCGAUAAUAAGUUUGAGAUCGUUGAAGAAGAUUGCCUUUACAGCUUGUCUAACAUCGACUCAUUAGACUUGAGUGGAUGUGGAUUCUCCAGGCUGCCAACACACUUACUGGCCGAAGCGACGGAACUACGAAGGCUCAACCUAGCUAGAAACAACUUUAGAUCUCUCAAAUCUAUGUUUUUCCGGAAAAUACGCAGACUAAGAGAGCUCGAUCUGUCGUUCAAUAACUUAAAUUAUACCAUAAUGGCCUCUCUGGAGGGACUCUCGGAACUCGAAGUACUGAAACUGAAUGGUAAUCCUUUAGGUGAACUAAGAGAGCCUCUACACACGAUGACAAGUCUUGAGGAACUCUACCUAUCUGACACGCAUUUAAAGAAGAUGGAUAACACUGUUUUCUCACAGCUCAAGUUUCUAAAGAACCUUGAUCUCUCAAGCAACCGCCUGUUGGAAUUCCCUCCCGGGGUCUUUCAAGGUCUGAGCAUUGAGAAACUCAGCCUAGCAGAAAAUUCCUUCACUCAGAUCCCCAAUGCCAUGUUCCUGGAUGGCAUGUUGUCUCUGCGGGUGCUCAAUAUGUCCGGUAACCCCUUGAAGCGUGUGACGGGGCCACUGGUGGCCGGCAGCCCGCCACUGGCGGCUCUCGAAGAACUGGAAGCUGAGAGGAGCAACCUGACCAUACUGACCAGCCACGACUUACAACUGACUCCAGGACUACGCUUCCUCAACCUCGCGCACUCCGCCAUCACCAAAAUAUCUCCCGGGAGCUUCAGGAACCUGACUCACCUUACUCACCUCAACCUCGCAUUCAACCGCCUUCAGGUGCUGCCCAGGGAGAGACUCAGGGGCCUCAAGUCUCUCGCUACCCUUAACUUGACAGGAAACACCCUGAAAAAAUGCGAGCAGCUGCCUCCCGGGGCGCACUCACUGCAGGUACUGGACAUCUCAGGCAACAUGUUGACUGGCCUCACACAAGCAACCUUCAAACACGGCUCGGUUAUCGAGGUACUUCUUCUUGGCUCCAACUGGAUCACCGCCAUCCAUCCGCGAGCCUUCGUGCCUCUCACCCGCCUCAGGCACCUCGAUCUCUCCAACAACUAUCUGGAGGGGCUGGACACUGCGGCGCUGGAACCCGUAGAGAGGAACCUGGAAACCCUCCAGCUAGAUGGGAACCCUCUGAUAUGCGGGUGUGGAGUGAAGGAGCUCUGGAUGUGGCUGCAGGAUCACCUCUCCUACGUUCCGGAUCCUACCGCUCUCACCUGCAGUCUUCCCAAGGUACUCAGCGGGUUGUCGUUCUUGUUGCUGUCGUCGUCAGCGUUCUGCCCACAGCCACUGAUUGUCCGCCUCUCCGUACAAGACAUCCAGAGUCAUUCCCUCCUGGUCUCCUGGCAAGCAACAAACACCUCUACCAUCUACGGCUUUAAGGUGUCCUUCCGUGAGACCACGUCAGACGGCCGGGUCAUAGGCGGUCUCAAAACCCAGUCACUGCCAGCCACGCCCAAGACCCACCUGCUGAAGGGUCUGAGACCCAGCACUGACUACCUGGUGUGUGUGGAGGGUCUGGCAGCAGCCCCGGCACCAGCAACCAGCUCCACAACACAGGGACACACUCCACCACACCAGCAGGGACUCCACCAAAACAACGGACUGUACCUCAACCAGCCGGACAUGGCUAGCAAGUGUCUGAGGGUGAAGACUCAGGAACCACCUCCCCCAGAGAUCGUCCUCAACAACCGCCUGGCUAUCAUGAUCGGAGCCUCACUGGGGAUCACCAUCUUCCUGGUGGCCGGGGCUGUCAUCUGCUGCUGUCAGAUGUGUAAAGACAAGCGGGAGGCUGCCAAGAGGGAGGCUCCACCCUCCCAGGACUACCUCUCCUACAGGCAGUUCUCCGUCCAGGGGCAGGAAGCGAACGCAGUUGAAGAACACACGGAGUGCUAGGACAUCUCUUCCCAAGAAAUUGCCAACGGGAAAUCCUGUUUCCGCGGGAUAUAUUAGGGACAACGAACGCGAAUUCACACACCUGGGACACUUCUGUUGAUGUGUUUUAAGUGAUCGAAAUCUCAGAGGAGGCCAAAAAGUCCCCUUUGGGAAUUUGAAAAAAUAAAUGUGGAGAAAACGUCUCAGAGCAUUUUAAAACGUUGAAAAUAACGCGAGAAAACGCGUUUUUUAUUGGAAUUAUUGACAGUUUACAGCGAUUGGAGGUAUUUUUUUGUUAUUCGAAGUAAAUUUGGGUUCGGGGAGCGCUGGCAUCGAACCCGAGUACUCUGUGGCGAGCGCAGCAAGUGUAACCACUCAGCUCCGUCGAUGAGAAAUAUCUUCGGCUUCGGGGCUGCAAAAAUCAGUGAUUAAUCUCUCAAUUUGAAGUGCGAAGUGCCAGGAACUGUUUGACGAUUUGUAGUGCCAGGUAAAAGAAAAGGAAAAAGAUUUCGCGAUUUGAGACGCGAGAGCGAGGAAUUGUUUCGCGAUUUGAGGCCCAAAUCAGAAGAAUCUGAGUUCGAUGUUUGGCGCUAUGAGAACGACCCGCAAAUAUUGUAAAAUUAACCCCGAGUUAUGCACGAGUUAAAGGGAACAUGUUUAAAAUAUAAAAGUUACCCCCCAUCCAAGCUUAAUGACUAUGAUUUUAGGGGAGACAUUAACAUAUAUUGAUAUAUAUUUCGGAGUAAAAGCAUAUGUGAAAAAUAUGACUACUUAAGGUGUUAGUUGUCUAGAGCAAUGUUUUAUUCCCCUCAUAACUGUUACUAGCGAUUGAAAUAUACAAGU